UAGCAUAGAGACAACUUCUCUGUCAGUUAGUCUGUGGGCGUUACAGUUCUCUUAUCAGUACUUUGAAUUCAACAUAGCUGUAUUGUCGUUUUUCCUUGACAUUAGGUGCUAUGCUUAUCUUGUAUACCUUUAUCAUAGCAUAUCAGUACUUGCCUAAUAGGCAGUCUUAAGCACUUUCAAAUGACACCACCCCAAAAAGCUGGACAUGCAUUUGGCUGCUGCUAUUUGAGCAGUGUGCUUGAACAGGAAGUUAACUUUAUGUGGUUAACCAACUAUUGCAGAGCAUUUGUAGGAAGUAGUAUCACGGGUGUCUAGGCUAAAAACGGUUACUUUGACUGUGUGCUUUCUCACUCACACACCAAGUUAUUUGCUUUAAAAUGGCCCAAGGAAAAGAUCAGUCUUUUGCCAGUCGUUUAAUCCACAAAUAUCUUAAAAGUGGACAGGAGCAAAAAGGACAAGAGAACGAGGGGCCUCACAUAUCUGAUUUCACCAUCAUGUGGGAUAAGUUGAUGAAAGAGUUCUUAGCUAAAGCCAAAGAAGAUUUUUUAAGAAAAUGGGAGUGUCCUCCACAGUGCACAACAGGCCUGGACGACUUUGACAGGUUCAAAACUCUGGGCACUGGAUCAUUCGGACGAGUAAUGCUUGUGAAACAUAAAGCUACAAACCAGUUCUACGCCAUGAAGAUCUUGGACAAACAAAAAGUGGUGAAGUUGAAGCAGAUAGAACACACACUAAAUGAAAAGAGAAUACUACAGGCUGUCUCCUUCCCCUUCCUCGUCAGAUUGGUAUACGCUUUCAAGGACAACUCAAACCUCUACAUGGUGAUGGAAUAUGUGCCUGGUGGAGAAAUGUUCUCACACCUCAGACGCACUGGAAGGUUCAGUGAACACCAUGCAAGAUUUUAUGCAGCUCAGAUAGUGCUCACCUUCGAGUACCUUCACUCCUUAGACCUCAUCUACAGAGACCUGAAGCCUGAAAACCUUCUCAUAGACCAACAUGGAUAUAUUCAGGUCACAGACUUUGGAUUUGCCAAACGAGUAAAAGGCAGGACCUGGACAUUGUGUGGGACUCCUGAAUAUCUGGCUCCAGAGAUCAUCCUCAGCAAGGGCUACAACAAAGCUGUGGACUGGUGGGCACUUGGAGUUCUUAUCUAUGAGAUGGCUGCUGGUUAUCCUCCUUUUUUCGCUGAUCAGCCCAUCCAGAUCUAUGAAAAGAUUGUAUCUGGCAAGGUACGAUUUCCCUCUCACUUUAGCUCUGACCUGAAGGACCUGCUGAGGAACCUGCUCCAGGUAGACCUGACAAAGAGAUUUGGGAACCUGAAGAAUGGUGUGAAUGACAUAAAAAACCACAAGUGGUUUUCCACAACAGACUGGAUCGCCAUCUAUGAGCGAAAAGUUGAAGCCCCCUUCCUGCCAAAGUGCAGAGGACCAGGGGACACGAGCAACUUUGAUGACUACGAAGAGGAGGACAUUCGUGUCUCACAAACAGAAAAGUGUGCAAAAGAGUUCGCUGACUUCUAGUGAACGGACAAGAGUCCCAUCAGGGCUCUGGUGUUUUGGGAAAUUUGCACUCUGUUGAGGGUUAAGGUGGAACUGAGGCCAUUGCGUGCUCAAAACAAAUGCCUAGUUCCUUCAUUCCACACAGCUGAAUGAGGUCCUUUUUGCCAUGAUCCUGUGUGCAGUUAGCACUGAUCUACUCACAGGCACAUUAUGCAGACGCUCCUUGUGCUGCAACACAAAGUACUCGACCACGUCUUCAUAGUUUGUCAUUUUUUUCUUUGUUUACCACUAUUGAAUAUUCCUCCUCCUUUAGUAAGUCCUUGUUUUAAAAGCAACGAAAAGCUAACAUUACUCGCAUUUUCAAGCAGCACAAAGAGUCAUCGUAUUAGCUGGCAUUGCACAUAUUGUGAUUUAAGCGUAGGGAAAAUUAAAAGAUUUUUUUAAGGUUUUUUUUUUGUUUGUUUGUUUUCUGUUAUAUGUUACAUGCUUGAGUGUUUUUAGGGUUUGGUUUAGUAUUCAUUAAUCAAGACUGCAACCAUUAUUCAUCAUUCUGGUGUUUUUAAGACCUGAAAUCAUGUAUUUGUUCCUUUAGAAAUAGAAAUACAUAAGACAUACUGUUUUCAAGACUUUUUUUUAAGCAUGACCAAAAGUAAAAUAAAGAUUUUGUUCAGUAAAGGAACAGAAAUACUGAUGACAGAAUUUCUCAGUUAUAGCACUCCAGCAUGAGUUUAUCAAAGAGAUGGAUUCAGUGACAAAAGAAGCAGAAAGGUGUGAGUGCUGUGAAAAUGAAUCAGUUGUAGCAUUCAUUAGUCAUAUCUGGUCACAGGGCAUUUCCUUUUUACCUCAGUGUUGGUGUGUCGUCUAGUUAGUGGGAUGAAAUGAUAUAUUUUUCAGGUACAACUCUGUUUCACGUUGAAGGAAUCUGAGGAUGUUUGUGUGUGUCCGCACACAACAAAUCAUAUGUUUUUGGUACAUUUAUACACGUGCAUUGACAUGGCAUUAUUCAAGAGCUGAUAGGUCAGUUGGUUAGAUUAUCAUGAAGGCUUAGCAUGGAUGUGAAGCAGUGUUAGUCUUUGUUUUUUGUUUUUGUUUUUUUACUGCUGUUUGAGCAGAGCACUCGGCAUAUGUUGAGCAUCUGCCAUAUUUUUUUUUUUGUUUUGUUUUUUACUUUUGCAUGUUUGUUUGUACAGCAGUGUGACCACAAGCUGAUGAUUUCCCCAUCUUUUUUGUUUCUUUCUUUGUUCUGCUGAAUCUGUAUCACAGCCUGGAACAUUGAAGUAGUAGAUAAGUGAUUUCUUUCUGGUGACAUAAUUCUAUUAAAAUCAGGGCCAAGUCAUUUCUUUGUACUAACAGCAGAAAACUCAAAUAUAACCUCAAAGUAUUCCUUCUACUUUGUUAGUACUGCUUGCUGUACUUGUAACACAUGCUCGCUGCAUCAUUUUCUUACCCAGUUGCACACUGUGACGGAACAACAUUUACUCAUUCUGCUUUGCAAAGCUGAGUAGGUCAGCUGGAGAUUGCUAAUGGACAGAAAUUAUGAUUUUUUUUAAAGGGAUUAAGGUCAAUAUCUGACUUUUUAAUAUAAGCCACUCUUCAUAAGGUGUUGUCUUUGUAUAUUUGAUGCACAUUUUCUCCCAUUGGAGACAUGCAGGUUUAUGAGGGAUCUAUCCACGUUAGACAACAUUUAAGGCCCAUUAGUUCUCACGUUUUGCCUGCCCUUGCUGCUAAAUGUCAUGUCUGCCUCAAAAUCCUCUGCAGCUUCACAGGUCAAAAUGUUGUAUCUUAAAAAAUGUAUAUCAGAGGUUGAGUACCUACAAGGCCACGGAGUCCUCUUGGUGGUUUUUCUUUCUUCCAGAUGGCAGAACUCAUCUGCCUUUGUAAACUAUGCUUUUACUCCUAUAGAUGGAGGUUUGUUUCUGCCUGCUGUCCCCAGAGAAGUCAGAGUUUGAGGUCAUUUCUGCUGGUUGGUCUCUCAGGGCUGUGGAGAAAUAACAGUUUUUCAUUACACACUGAAUCUGAAAGAAAAAUGCACUCUUGUCAGAAGUUUUAAUCUUUAAUUGACAUGAUGAUUGAGUCUUUGGAUAUGAAAGGAAAAGCAAUUUAAUCAAGUUCAACAAUCUUCGACAACCAAAUGUGAAAGGUUUGGGGAAUCUAUGAUUUGCCUGAAUUGGUACAUUUUCUCAGUCUGAGCACAUUAUGUUACAUUUUAUUUAGUUCAAAUUUUAUUUCAAAGGCACAAAUCUUUCUUAUGCUGUUUUUAUUUAUAUUUAGAAAUGUCUAAAAUGAUAACAUUUGUAUGUUUUAACUUGUGUAGCUCAGUAUAAAUGGGAAUUAAACUAUUUUCAAAAGUGUUAGAAACACUGAAUAUAUUGGACUAUUUAUUUUUUGUAUGGUUUUUCUUUCGCCCUUAUAGGAAUAAAACAUUUAUAGUUAAUGCACACUGAGACCUCUUAUGCCUGUUUAAAAUUAUUUCUUGUUUUAUGUGUUUUUUGUAAAGUUUUUUUUUCUGUAAAAAAAAGUUUUAUUGAAGGAGAUUUAGAAUUAUUUUUCUCAAUUUAAAGGGUGAACAGAUGGUUAUUCUCAGUCACAAUCUUUUUUUUUUUUUUUUUUUUUUUUUCUUUUCUUUUUUGGACCAGUUUUUAAAACUACACCUGGGAAAUAAAGCAUGUCUCUGUACAAACUGCCUGUGUGUAAAUCUUCCCAGAAAAUGUCUUGGAGAUCCACAGCUAUUCAUCUGUUCGCCCUCUUCCAUAUGUGUAAUGUUUAAUGUAAAUGAUGGCACCUUUCCCUGAGCCACUUCACACUUCCGACUGAAGGAAAUCAGUUUAUGAGUUUUUGUAGCUAGUCACACUUGCCAGUAUGGGAUCAAUAAUCUGAAAUGUGUCUGUAUUUAGUUUGUGGAAUUACUGCACAUCAUUUAGAAGGCUGACACGUUUUUUCCCACCCAUAUUUACUUGUGUUUGCAAGGGAAAUAUACUUUGCUGUAGCAGAUUUUAUGUAACAAAGGAUAUGUCACAAUAAUAAAUUCUUUUUAUGAAAA